UUUUCCUUAAACAUAAAAUAUCUACCAGUUGUGCAACCCGGCUUCUCGUUGAUAUGGUUGACACAACUGUCAUCAUGGAAAGGACCAUUCACUUUGUUGAAGUCAAGAACUGUCUGCUGCACAUGAUAAAGUACUUAUAACAUCAACAUUGAAUGUGUUAUGAUUAUCAUACAUUUCCAACUUUUUAUGAUGGUCAUAUGUAUGGAAUCUACUAUCAUAGAAAGGUUAUGUAAACAUUACAUAAAGAGAACAUAGCAGAUUCAUUUCGGACAUCACAAAAGGAUUAAACGUGUCUGAAAAUCGUCAGUCAAAUUUGUGAUAUAUACUUGACCUAACUCGUGUUACAUAUUAUCAUGGAACCAAGGAAUACGCGCGUUGGUGUUCGUAACUCGAAGGUGUCCACCGUUCGGAUGGAGCUUACUCCCGAGGUACCGGAAGGGGAAACCUCGAGGAAGAACUCCUUGAGGGACGCUAUCAUCGCAACCCACAGGCCAAAGCGGAAGGACUCGGUAGCUCCACUAAUGUCGCCCACUGACACUACGGAUGCCCGCCGGAAGUCGUCGGCCGUCUUUGGCAGCAACGAUCUGCCUGAGAUCGUCAUAGGCACUGAGAAAGUCCGCCGCCUAAGCCGGAAACUCAGCCUAAAACCGCCAGCAAAUCAAUACUGGCGGCGAAGCCCAAAGAAGACUAGUUUAGAGAGAUGUAACCCGGGAGAUAGUCACACGGUGCGCUGCGAGUGUGGGCUGGAAAUCAGUGUGAAGUGUGAGUGGGGCUCGGCCAUCAGUUCCACCUCUGGCACACCUGUGCUCCCUGCUUGUUCACCAAAUAAAGAGACAUCGGAAGCCUCAGAAAGACGAAAGAGCACCUCUUUGAUAUCGACAAUCGAACGUUUGGAGACCGGAAAUGCAGAUCUGGAGUUCGUCAUUGCUUCGUGCCGGGAACUCGGUCACGUGGAACACCAGGAAUCGCUGGAGACCGUGCUGUCCCGCCAAGCGGCCAUCAAGUGCCUUCUAGACAUGAUGCGGCAAUACGCGGCCCAUAAGGAUCUUCAACUGGCUGCCUGUUCUUCAAUCCUUGUACACGUCAAACACUCAGAAGCCAGCCUACACUACCUGUGUGUGAAUGAAGGCAUCGAGCGGCUGCACCACAACAUGAAGACGUUCGGUGAAGACACAGACCUCCUAAUUGUGGUCUUAGAUAUUUUUGGAUACUACUCAUUCCAAGAUGAGUGGCGUUGUAUUCUGACGGAGAAGGUGCAACCUUCGGAGAUACUGCGGACGAUGGCGUGUCACGAGGGAGAUCCGAACGUCGUCGAGAAGUGUUGUAUCGUGCUGGAAAACCUCGCACUGUCGGAGGACAUUGCGCGGUCCAUGAUGUACGUUGGAGGUGUCCACAGUAUCCUGUCCAUGAUGUCACGCUACGAUAAACACGUCGACGUCCUCAAACACUGUUGCACAACGCUAGGAACGUUUGCAUCUCACGACGACACCUGCCAGGCUGUGUCCGAAGCUGGAGCCACGAGCGCUGUGAUGUUAGCAAUGACUUCGUACAUCACUUACCCGGAAAUACAACAAAGCUGUUGUUGGGCACUUGCAAGUUUGUCAAGGGCGGACUGUGUCUGCAUGGAACUUCUAAAUAUUGACGCGUUUGGCAUGCUGCUCAAGGCAAUGACGUCUUUUCCGCAAGAUGUGGCCAUCCAGGAGUAUGGCUGCUGGGCCCUUUGUAACCUUGUGGUCGUCGCACCGGAACUGGAGGAGGAUGCGUGCCGGUCGGCCCUUGUGCUGCUUUUGGACAGUACCCAGAUGUUCAUGGCGAAUGUAGAACUCCUUGAGCACGUCUGUUACGCAAUAAGCACGCUAGUUGCCGUCAGAGAAUGCGUGCAUGUGAACGUUGUGAAAAAUGACGGCAUCAGCAAACUUAUAGAGUUGAUGAAGAGGUACGACGACAACGUGGAUAUCCAGCUCCAUAGCUGCAAGGUGAUAGGAAACCUAGCUGUCAAUGACAAUUUCCGGCGUUAUGUUGAGGAUAUGGGAGCCUCGGAAGCCAUCAUCUCGUGCAUGCUUGGGCUGGAGAAGAACGCGCUCAUUCAGUCUACUGGCUGCAUGACCCUCACGAACAUUUCAGCAAAAGUGGCAGAUAACAAGUUCCGGAUCCUUAAGAACGGCGGCGUACAUGCUGCCCUGCGUGCCAUGGCGGCCUUUAAGGAGGAUAAGACAAUCACACUAAACGCCCUAAAACUACUUUGCAACCUACAGGAGUCGGACAAGGGUUGUUGGUGGAUAGCGGAGGAGAGCGGCAUAUCUGUGAUCGCCAUGUCACUGAGAAACUUUCCCAAUUGUCCGGAAAUCAUGGCGUUUGGCUGCUCCUGCCUUGCCAACCUGCCAAGGAGAGGCAUGAACACGGUUGCGCUUGGUAGCGCCGAGUCGAGCCUACUUUACCUUCGCCAGCAACACUCUCUCAGCACGGAAGUGGCCUUAGCUCUCUGCGCAUUCUACGAGAACGCACUCAAGGCUGGCACGGAAUGUGGAAAACUGGUGACCUCGGUUGCCAUGGAAACCAUGACCCAGAUAAUGCAGGAUUUCGAAGACAUUGAAAUUCAGGUGACGGGGUGUCAGAUAAUGGCUCAAGUUGUGCUAGGUGAGCACAUAAAGCUGCUUAACCGAGGGGUGCUGGCAUCUCUCGUCUCCACUAUGAAUAAAUACAUCUCCAACGAUGACAUACAGGCAAUAGGCUGUGGAACCAUCUCUUACCUAUCCGGAUCUGCCGAAGGCCUGGAGACGCUAGAAGAGCUGUGUUGCUUAGAAGUUGUACUGGAGUGUAUGCGCACGCAUCCCUGCCACGCCCACCUACAUGGCGUCUGUCUCCUUGCAAUCGAAAAUAUGUGUAGAGCUGACAGUGUAAGGGGUAGUAACAUACAGAACGUUUGCGAUGCUGUCUCAAAGUCAAUGAAGGCUCACGGUGAUAACAACGAAAUCCAACUGGGUGGUUGUCACAUCCUCUCAAUAAUUGGCUCAGGAUUUCACCGACAAAAUGUUCAAAAACGCGAGAGCGUCGACUUCAUGGGGCCACUGGUGACGGUCACACACCGGAAAAGCGUCACAGAAGAGCUCCUUGAUGUGGCGUCCGCGGCCAUCCAUCGGCUCCGUAAGUUCACGGAUGGUGUGUUAGAUGACACCGAGGAAGGCGACAGCGACGCUUCCCAGACGGAAUCGACCUCCGACGGUGUCCCGAUCGAUAACGUUUAUCAGUAGAGGUCGCCUCUAGUUGUGAUAUCGUUGAAUUUUUCAGUUAGAAGCCUAGUUAAAGCCUUUUGUCCGUGACCCACCCUAAAAUCAAUGCUUUUGCAUUUGUUGUGUAUUGACCCUAGUAUGAAGGAUCUUUAUAGAUGAGAUCAAUGCCUCAGUGUAGAUACUUUCUCUUUGAACACAGCCCAAAUUAACCAUUAGCUAGUAAAAAUACACAAAAAAGUUGGCACCGUCACACCAGGGCGAUAAACAUAUGCAAAACUGUGGAUUAAAAUGAGAAAUAUUCAAUAAUCCAGGCCUUUAGCAAACAUGAUGACAAUCUAUGAAAUACAAACGCGGUAACAUUAUGUUUAAUGUUACUAGGUAUUACGUUAACGGAAUAAAUAAAGGUUACUCAUUGAAUAUUUAAUACUGAUGUUAGGGAGAAUAGUUACCAAAAGUAAAAUAUUCAUUGUUCAAUCUUAUGCAUGGAAAUCAUAGUUGAAUACUUUGCCAAUGGAAAUAAGAGUAAGACAUAUUGGUGGAUUUUCAUGUGUUUGUGUCAUAUGUGACCAGAACUUUUACAUUUAAUAUUGUCUCAGUGCAGUUAUUGUAAUGAGUAUCGUCAGGAGAUUUACAAUACGUUGUCAUUGUAUCCGAAUUGUUAUAAAAUUAAGUAAAUAAAGCUCACCGGAUUCACCUUCAUUAAUCAAUAAAUUGAAGUAAAACAUGUAAUUUUCCGGACCUGCAGGUUCCAAACAAGUUUUUUGUUUACUUCUGCUUUACUUCAAGAAAAUUUAGUUUCAAGUGUGCCAAAGAAAGUUAAAAAAAUAAUUCAAAAACAUAUUUGUAAAGGAAUUUUAUGUCAAAUAAAGAUAAAGUUGACCAUGUAUAUUGAUCCUUGAUUAAUAAGUUGCUGUUAAAACAUUAUAAUUCUAUUUUUCUGUCAUGUAAUACUUGUUGUUGUUUAGUAAAGUCCACUUGUGAAUGAAACACUGUUACUCUGUUUCGCUCUUCUACAUCAUAAUUAUACAGGUGUUUUGUCUUAUUUUAGUGAUAUAAAACAUGAGAUGCUUUGUG